AAGAGAAAAGAAGAGGAAUGGAGGAUCUCCGAGGCCCAGCUCGUGCAAAAUGCGCGAGAUUCAAAGCGGCGAAAUACAGCUCUGACCGGAAUUGCAUUAGUACAUUACGUUACAUUUUAUUUGGCAGACGCUUUUGUCCAAAGAAACGUAAAAAACAAAAAGUCUACGCAAACACUGCAGCACUCCAGGCGCAGAUGAGACGGCUUCAGAGCGGAACAGAAACGGGGAGGUCCAGCAGCCCGGCGGUCAAAUGUAUAGGUGAAGAAGCUGAGGCCAGGAACUCACCUAAAAAAAGAUCUUUCGCUGGUGCGAUUCAUUCGCACGGAGCUGACACGGGGAUACUUCCUGGAACACAAUGAGGCGAAGUACAAGGAGCGCAGAGAGAGGGUGUACACCUGCAUGAGGAUCCCCCGUGAACUGGAGAAGCUGAUGAUUUUCGGCAUCUUCUUGUGCCUGGAUGCCUUCCUGUACGUGUUCACCCUGCUGCCUCUCCGGAUGCUGCUGGCCUUCACCCGGCUUCUCAUGGUCCCCUGCUGGGGGCUCCGCGGGUCUCGCCUCCUGCAGCCCGCCCAGGUGUGUGACAUCCUGAAGGGCUUCAUCCUGGUGCUCUGCUACUUCAUGAUGCAUUACGUGGACUACUCUAUGAUGUACCACCUGAUCCGGGGCCAGUCCGUCAUCAAACUCUACCUCAUCUACAACAUGCUGGAGGUGGCCGAUCGUCUGUUCUCCUCUUUCGGCCAGGACAUACUGGACGCUCUGUACUGGACCGCCACAGAGCCCAAGGAGAGGAAACGAUCCCACAUAGGGGUGAUUCCUCACUUUCUAAUGGCCGUGCUUUAUGUGUUCCUUCAUGCCAUUUUGAUUAUGGUGCAGGCCACGACGCUCAACGUGGCGUUCAACUCCCACAACAAGUCCCUGCUCACCAUCAUGAUGUCCAACAACUUUGUGGAGAUAAAAGGAAGUGUUUUCAAGAAGUUUGGGAAAAACAAUCUGUUUCAGAUGUCAAAUAGUGAUAUCAAGGAAAGGUUUACUAACUAUGUUCUGUUGCUCAUCGUGUGUCUGAGGAACAUGGAGCAGUUCUCGUGGAACCCAGAUCACCUCUGGGUCCUGUUCCCCGACGUCUUCAUGGUAAUCGGCUCGGAGAUUGCGGUGGACGGCGUCAAGCACGCCUUCAUCACAAAGUUUAACGACAUCACAGCCGAAGUGUACAGUGAAUACAGAGCGAGCCUGGCCUUUGACCUCGUCAGCAGCCGGCAAAAAAAUGCAUACACAGACUACAGCGACUCAGUGUCCAGAAGAAUGGGGUUUAUUCCACUGCCUCUGGCUGUCCUUCUAAUCCGGGUGGUGACGAGCUCUGUGACAAUCCAGGGAGCCCUUUCCUACGUGUGCCUACUGCUCUUCUACCUGGGGAUGAUAAGUCUGAAAGUGCUGAACAGCAUCAUUCUGCUGGGGAAGUCCUGUCUGUACGUGAGAGAGGCCAACAUGGAGGAGAAGCUGUUUGAGAGACCACCGACCGCACCGUCCAGCAGAGCCAGCAGCAAGUCAAGGAGCACAGUCACUGUCCCCUCUGUUAUCCCAGCCUGCCCUGCAGACCAGAGCCCCGCCCCCUCCAUCAUCAGCCAACCGGCCGGUAGGGCCAAGGACCGCGCCCCCCAGCCCCCUGCCGGCAGCUCGGACCAGCUCCCAACCGCGCCCGACGAGCACGAGGAGAAGGCGGAGACUCAGGACGAGCCGGAGCUCAAACACAGGACCCCGAAAAAGGACCUGCUGGAGAUCGACCGCUUCACAAUAUGCGGGAACCGCAUCGACUGACGUUCACACACCCCCUUCCCCCGUUCACCGUUAGCGACGGCUCAGGACAGGACAGGCCGCCGUGAAUCCCGUCCCGCCAAAGAGGCCGGCGCUGGAGUAUUUAUUGAGACACACUUAAUUUAUUGUUUACUGGAAGUGUGACUGGUAGCGUUGCACUGGGCUGAGCCUCUGGGGAACGAUAGCGGGAAGACCCGCGGUAUGCAGGGCGAGCUGCAGGACACUCCGAACAGGAAGGAUCAAGCUGGCACGAGCAGCGUCUCAACAGGGUUUAUGACAAAAACAUAAAAAUGCUGAAGGCCUUUGGUCCAAAUAUGUGCCUACAUCACUUUGUUUGCUUUUAAAAAUAAAACAUUACAGUUAUAUAUAAUAUAUAAUAUAACAAGAUACCAACAGGGUAUAACAUUUUCUUAAUAAUCUUCCACCCCAUCAGCAUACUACCACUAAAUCCAAUAUAAUUGACCGAGUGUUCACCUGGUAACAUUCACUCAGUCCUAUGAGUAAGAGUGUCCACUACACUGGCCUCAACUGUACUCAACAGAAGUUAUCCGAAGGCACUUUCAAAGAGUGUGACUCAUUCACAGCUGGGUAAUCCGGUUUUACAGUCUAUUCCUUAUGGACGCAGUCUGAAUAACAUUUCCAUUUUCGGAUGCCUUAGUUUUGUAAUGGCAAUUUAAACAAUCCUUGUGCCUCAAUUUCUACUGUUUGGACAGAGCUAAUAUUUAAAUGGGUUUUAAAUAAUAUAUUUAAAGUGCUGUACAGUAAUAUAUUCAGAAAAUCUUCCCUUGGGCCAAUGUAGUCCUGAAGUACAGCAUCAUGUGGGUAGUAGUGACGGCACAUGGGCGUUGCUGUGCAGAAAGAGCAGCUUCACUCUCAGAAGAAGGGUUAUUUGGCUUUGUCAUAGGUGAGAAGUCUGAGAGCUCCCAGGCAGCGCCAUUUUGCCUGACAAAGAACUUAUUACUAGAUAGGCUUCUUCUAACAAGGCUUUCUUUGGAUCCAUUUCUGAGAGUGUAUGAAAGACUUAAGACAGUCAUUGUAAAUUUGUACCGGCAUUACUAUAACUGUUGUUUGACCAUUUUUUUAAAAGUAAAGACUGGGGCUACUCAACUCCCGGUCCUAUGGGCCGCAGUGUUUGCAGGCAUUUGCUCUGAUCACGCACAACCGGGUAUCACUCCUAAGCCAAGGAGGUGUAAUAAUUUGUGAUAUCAGGUGGUGUGGUGUAAGAUUCACCUGCAGGACCUGGAGUUGAGUAGCACUAGUGUAGAAGAGAUUCCUCUUCACUUCUAGACUGAAAACGUAAAAGAUUAACUCCGUCCAAUAUUACUACAUGACAUUUUGUAUUAAAUUUGUAUUAAAUAUUUUUCAUACAAUAAAAAGCAGUACCGGCUGUUGUGAAUUCACUGUUCAACAGCUGUUCACAUCUGCAGUUCAAUGGCUUGGCAGUUUCUCAGAUGUGUAAGUCAAAAUAUUUAAAUUUGUAUAGUGUUUCAGUUUCAGUUCUAGAUUGUGGUGCAGUGCUUCUGCUUUACCAUGCUUCAGGUUUGUGGUGCAUCACUGCUGUAAAUUUACAAUGCUUCUACUUUCUGGUGCUUAACUUCUACAUUCUGGUGCUCCAGAUUUGCAAUGCUUCUUCUCUAUGGUGCUUCAGUACUAGAUUCUGGUGCCGUGUUUUUACAGUGCUUCUGCUUCAUGGUGCUUUAGGUUUAUUGUGCUUCAGUACUGUAAAUUAACAAUGCUUCUGCAUAAUGUGCUUCAUUUCUAGACUCUGACUCUGAACAACCAGAACUAUAACUGUAUAGCGAACCUCUUGGAUUUACACAAGAUUUCUUGGGUAAAAACAUGUAGGUCUGGGGUACUCCUGGGAAAGAGUUGGCUACUCCUACACUGUAACAGUGUUGUUUAUAUGUAUGGUGCUACUAUAAGGUCACUUGUGUUCUCAAUGUGAUAAAACUAGUUAAAAAGUAACAUUUGUACAGGAAGAACUGUGUGAUGUUUCACACGUGAGUGUUGCUCAGCAACCAGCUGCGAAUUGAAGAAUGACAAUGUCCGUUUGUGGUGUGUCCUUGUUUAGCCUUCGAAUUUUUGCACUGAUGUGCCUCGCUGCCUUAAUUCACACCUUCUCCAGCUCUGCAAAGUUCUGUCGGUAUCUGAAUGAUCCACAAGUCACCUUGCAGAAACAGAACAUGAAUUUUAGAACAUUUUUGAGCGUGGCAUUUUUUUAUCUCAGGAUUUACCCAGGUUUCUUCAGCCAUGAAAGAGUAUAAGAUUAUUGAUAAUGUUAGCAAUGUGUUAUGAUCUGCUUUGAGUUUGGACUUUUUGGUCAUUUGGUUUAUUAUGGAGAAAUGCCUUGCUUUACCAUCUGGUUUUUUGAACACGGGUGCCCUUGGUAAAUCUGUGACUGAAACCGAUAUUUGAUGGUGCUGUCAGCAUUUAAAUCUCUGAUUUUGAAGUGUGGAAUGUUAGAUGGCACAGCUUCCAGGUCCAUCUAUAAACCUACCUGGGUCAGAAAUAGCUGAUAGCUAAGAUAUGAAACUAAAAUAUAGAUUUAUAUGACAAUUUAAAAAAAUGUUUUAACCAUAAAUAUAUAAGCUUUGCUGCAACCAUGAUGAGAGCAGGAGGCUAAUUAUGUUUACAGAUGUGAAGUCUACUACUAGCAGGUAUACACAUCAAAAUUAAAGGAAUUAUUUUUACGAUUGCAUUCGCUACUGUGAACAUGGCAAGGCUAAUACUGGACGACUCUUCACAAAUGCAAAAUAGUGCAAAAUUCACAAUGAAUGGUGUUUUCUUUCUGAAGUAAUUUUGGAGUGGUUGAAUGCACAAGUGGAUGCUAUAACAGAAUUAACUUGGGGAAGUUAUACAUAUCUUUAUUUCACAUUUCAGGAACAAUAAUGACAUUUCUGUUUUUAAGAAAUGUGAACCCAUGGAAGCCAUUAGAAAUUUACCGUUUUAAUAUUGUACAGGUGCUCACUGUUCAUGGGGAUUCCAUAUCAUUCUCAACCAUUCUAUGUUGUGUGUUAUCAUGGCAAAGUUUAAGGUGAUUUAUUUAAAUUGUUCAUAUGUUAAGAAUUGGCAUGUGUGUGAGCAGUGCAUGUCAGAAGCUGAUGAAUAAAGAUUUUUGUUGGUCUGGUA